UAAAUGAAGCGGAGAAAGCGCCAUUAAGGUCUAUUGGGUAACACAGCCGAUAGAUGGCAGUAGUGAGACACUCGCUCAGUUGUUGCAGGAAGUAGCGCAUGACGAGGAUCUAACCAGGCACCAUGGCGCCUCUGGAUUUGGAUAAAUAUGCAGAGAUUGCAAAACAGUGUAAAUACCUCCCAGAAAAUGACCUCAAGAGGUUAUGUGAUUAUGUGUGUGACCUUCUGCUGGAGGAGUCCAAUGUCCAGCCGGUUUCCACUCCUGUAACAGUCUGUGGGGACAUACAUGGACAGUUUUAUGAUCUUUGUGAACUCUUCCGGACUGGGGGACAGGUUCCGGACACAAAUUACAUAUUCAUGGGAGACUUUGUUGACCGAGGAUAUUACAGUCUGGAGACGUUCACUUACCUGCUGGUGCUGAAAGCCAAAUGGCCCGACCGCAUCACUCUUCUUCGUGGAAACCAUGAGAGCCGACAGAUCACACAGGUUUAUGGCUUUUAUGAUGAGUGCCAGACCAAGUAUGGGAAUGCAAAUGCCUGGCGUUAUUGUACCAAAGUGUUCGAUAUGUUAACAGUAGCAGCUCUGAUGGACGAGCAGAUCCUGUGUGUCCACGGAGGCCUCUCCCCAGACAUAAAAACUCUAGAUCAAAUUCGAACCAUUGAGCGGAACCAGGAGAUCCCCCACAAAGGAGCAUUUUGUGAUCUGGUGUGGUCCGACCCUGAAGACGUGGACACUUGGGCUAUCAGCCCCAGAGGAGCUGGCUGGCUCUUUGGUGCAAAGGUCACAAACGAGUUUGUUCACAUCAACAACCUGAAGCUGAUCUGCAGGGCGCAUCAACUUGUCCACGAGGGCUACAAGUUCAUGUUUGAUGAAAAGCUGGUCACCGUGUGGUCGGCUCCUAACUACUGCUAUCGCUGCGGCAACAUCGCCUCCAUUAUGGUCUUCAAAGACGCUAACACAAGAGAGCCAAAGCUCUUCAGAGCAGUGCCUGACUCUGAGAGGGUCAUUCCACCUCGAACAACAACACCCUAUUUCCUGUAAGCACAUUACAACCAAAAGAACGCAGCCAUUUGUUCAGUGCACAGAUGCAGAUUGGGACAGUGGCAUCAGCACUUGUGAACCCGUAUGAAUUUCGUAUUGUACAUUUAAGAGUAUUUACAGUGCAUUUCUUGGUGCCAACUGUCAAUUGUUAUUCCCACUUUGGCAUUUAAUGUUUUUCUGCAGCUUAGAUCACGCUGAGAUAUUGGAGUUUAAUCUCAGCAGUAUCACUGUUGUUGAAAUGUUUUAGAGGAAGGAUUAAAAUGACACAGUAACGUUCAUAUUUAUAAAUCUGGAUUUUACUUUACUAUAGAGAUUUACUCUGCAGAACAAAUUGCAGGUGCAGUGUUAUAUUUUAUUUUGUUAUGGAUGUGUAUUCAAGCUGGGUGUUGGAUAAUAAAGCUCAGAACGAGCAAAAAAUUGCAUAUAUUCUGACAAAUUUCAGUGGUGUUAUACACUUAGUGUUAUCAUGUGAUCUAAUAAAUGAACAUGUAAACCUGA